GGGGGCGGUGUGGGUGGGGGGCCGUGCCUGGGCCCAGUUGGUGACUGGGGCGCGAUCCCGCUGCCGAACGUUAGCGGGUGUCGAUUUCUUUUUUAAAUUAACUUCUUUCGGGGUCGUUGUUGUCGUUGUCCGAUUUUAAUAUACGUAUAAAAAACCACGAACAAAAAACCUCCACGCCGAUUAAAAUUAAAACUAAUGUCGGCGCUAGAGCGAGGCGGCCGCAAGAAUGACGAAACGCGCAGCUAGCAGGAAGCGUAAGCACUGCGCCGACGAGCAGUCUUGCUCGGAGGAGUUGUGCCCGAAGCGGUCACGCGUGCGGAGGCCACCCACUUCGCUUGUGAGCUUUGUGGAGAGCCGCCAGGCCGGCUCGGCCAGCGGCCACUCUGGCGGCGGUGGAGUUGGCAACGGGCUGGGCGGCUACACGGCCCAACGCCUGCCGUACCUCCUGCGCGAGCGUGAGUACAGCCUGGGCUCCCUCAACAAGGUGUUCGCGUCGCAGUGGCUCAGCCAUCGGCAGGUGGUGUGCGGAACCAAGUGCAACACGCUCUUUGUGCUGGACCUGGUGACGGGACGCCUCACCAAGAUCCCGACGCUGCGCGAUGGCGGCGCCGGUGUUGGGGGCGCCGCUGGAAUCGGCGGCGCUGCCGUGGGUGGAGGAGGAGGAGGAGUUGGCGCUGAACCGGAGCACCCGGGCUGCGGGAUUCACGCGAUCGAGAUCAACCCGUCUCGCACGCUGCUCGCGACGGGCGGCGCUAACCCCAACAGCCUCGCCGUGUACCGCCUGCCCACGCUGGACCCCGUGUGCGUCGGAGACGGUGGACACAAGGACUGGAUCUUCUCCAUCGCCUGGGUCAGCGACAGCUUCGUUGUCACAGGCUCGCGAGACGGCUCCAUGGGCCUGUGGGAGGUUGGCGACGAGGCGCUGGCGGCAGCGUCGGCGAAGGCGGCGGCGGAGGAGGAGGAGCAGUCCGUCCCCGGCUACUGCCACGUGGGCCCUCGCGCCCUAGAGGACAUCCCAGCUCACUACAUCAACCCCUUCACGUGCAAAGUGCGCGCCCUCGCCUUCAAUUGCAGCCAGCAGGAGCUUGGAGCGGUCUCGCUGGACGGGUAUUUUCACUUGUGGAAGACCGAAAACAGCCUGGACAAGAUCAUGUCGCGGAAGCUGGCGCACUGCCGAGAGAACGUGUGCCUGGCGUACGGGCACGAGUGGUCGGUGUACGCCGUGGGCUCGCAAUCGCACGUGUCGCUGCUCGAUCCGCGCACCACCCAGGGCCCGCGCUCCGUCAACUCGCGCGAGAAGGGCAGCGGCAUCCGGUCGGUGAGCUUCUACGAGCACGUCAUCACGGUGGGCACGGGGCAGGGCUCCGUGCUCUUCUACGACAUCCGCGCGCAGAAGUUCCUGGAGCGGGCGGCGUCUGGGGGCGAGGGCAGCGCCCGCGGCAGCAAGGAGUUGAAGCCCAAGUACUGCGACGUGCUCAAGCUGUCGACGGCGCGUGGCUGGCUGAACCACGACGACACGUGGCGCGACUACUUCUCCGACAUGGACCACUUCCCCAACGCGGCGUACACGCACUGCUACGACGCGUCAGGCACCAAGCUCUUCGUGGCGGGCGGCCCACUGCCCUCUGGGCUGCACGGCAACUACGCCGGCCUGUGGGACUGAGCGCCGAUGGGCGGCGCUGGAUUCGCCGGCUCACGGCGCUCCGCCGCGGGGCGAGCGGGCGCUCGCCCGGCCGCCCCGCUCGGCGCCGCCAACAGGCGCCGACCGCUUCGCCCGCAGCGCCCGCCGGCGUCUUGCUUGUGCCACGCACAGCAACAGCAACAACAGCAACAACAAGAAGCGCGGUCGUAGGGAUUCUUUUUGCGUUUUUACGAAACCGCCACGGUAAGGCGCUUAGCCCUGACCCGCGCUGUGCGGUACGCCGAACUCGCUGGCGCCCCCCCCCCCCCCGCCACCGGGCGAUGGGGGAAUUAUUUAAUUGCUGGCACCGCUCUCGCUUUGCGGGACGGCGGAGUGAGCGAGUCCCGGUGUCAGAAUUGGUGGGGAGGGGGGGAGGAGGCCCUGGCAAAGUGGGCUUGCUCAGCGAUCGCGUGCACUACUUUAUACGACGUUACACGCGGGAGAGUCACAGCGGCAGGCGCGUGUUUAUUUUUUUUUUGCCGGCCGUAAAAAAAUUAUAUCGUAAGGGGGAAGCCAGAUCGUCGCCUUUUAAAGUUUUGUACUCGAUGUUUUCAUCCUCCUGCUUGUACAUAACGUGAUCUUUAGUGGGUUUUUAUUUUUUGGGUAAGUGACCGUCUCCAGAUUUACCCAGCCGAGCCGUUGAGCGCGGCAGGACUAUCGCCAUAGAGUUCUAUUAAAGUAAUAUUAUUUUCCACACUUCCACGGCACGUCAUUAUUUUCAUGGUUUUAGCGAGCGGUUUUGUCGUCUGCGUCGGAACGUCACGCUUUCCGAGCCCAUAAUCUUUCGGUCACCGGGCGAUUUGGACGUUGUCGGGAUGUCCGCAUAAGUAGAAAAAAAAAAUGGGAAAACUGAUUUCUGCUGGAAAUAGUUGGCCGAUUGUGGUUAGAGUGGAGCUAUUAUUUCUUAUAAAAAAUGUAUAGAAAAAAAUUUAAGUAUAGCUCUGAAAUCAUGCCAAAGUGUAUUUCGUUAAAAAAAACAUGCUUCAGCGGUGGCUUUUCCUGUGAGGAUGGAGCGCGCUUUUCCGCGUGCUCGCUCCUGCAAAGAGGUCGCGGUUAACGCAUCACCUGGCCACGCCCCCCACGCCCCACGUGCCCCACGCCCCCCACGCCCCCCAUGCCCCACGCCCCACACGCCCCCCACACGCCCCACGCGCCCCACGCCCCCCACACGCCCCACACGCCCCCCAUGGGGACGAUUCCGCCGUCUUGGUUGCUGCCUCCACCAGGACGCAGAAGAAGAAGAAUCCUCCAGAAGGACGACGGCCAAUUUCGAGUCUCUGGGCCGAACAGCACCCCCCCCACCACCACCACCACCACCCCGGGCACGGUGCUCGACAAACCAGGAUCCUUGCUGCGCGGAAGAAAAAAGCGACGUUUCGGUGCGAAAACACAUGGCCUUGUGGUGAACAAAGCCGAAGCCCUGCUGUCGCCUAGGCCGGUUCUGUACAAUUACGUUUUCAGGCGGUUCUGUGCGUCUUUGGGAGGACCUCGUCAUGUCUGUGAAGCUCAGCAGGGUUGGGCUUCGUACCUUUGGUGGGAUAACAACCGCGGGGCUCGCCACGUGUCGCUGGGAGACGUGUACGGCGGUGCCGGGUGUUGCCUCGUGCGAUGUGUGGCGCCGGGUUUUUUUUUUUGGUCUCUCCGGGCUCUCCCAGUUUCCUGCCACGCGAAGGCGAAUGCUCGCCGACGGAAUUGGCCAAACAUUCCUGUGCGACGCCGGGGACCUCUUUGCAGUGGAGGUCUUGAGACUCGUUGUUGGACGAGGCUUCCCCGGGUGAAUGAUUCCAGAGGGUGGUUGGCAGGACUUUUGAGUUUCGGGGCUCGCUCGUUUGGGUAGCGAACCGGUGCAGUCGGCCCGGUGGUUUUGGGUAAAGGUGGCGCAGGAUUCGUCGUCGGCAACGGGAUCGCAUGGGUCGCGUCAUGUUACCGGCCAACAAAUUGCCGCUUCUGGCACACCACAUCCCAAGUGUGGACCUCUCGCUCUGGAUGUGGCUCUUGGGUCAUCUACCACCGUCCCAAAUCUACCGACGGAAAGUCGUUUUGGGUGAGGAAUUCAACCGUCCAUUCGCUUUUGAUUCGAGCUUGACUCAUUCGGAUUACCUCCGGUGAAAAGUACAGCAUUCCUAACAUUGUUUAAGAGCACUCGGUGGGGUUUUCGAGUUUGUAUUUGGUGAGGGCAGUCAAAUGGUCUACAAGGGGUGGAGGGCGGGUGAACGUGUGUGAAUGAGACUCGUUAGAAUAUCACGCAAAUACUAUUGACAUGUACAGCUUGUGAAAAGUGUAUUGAAAUAUUGCUAUAUUAUUUGCUGCACGUGUAUAUAAUGUAUAAGUACAUGCCAAGGUGCAGCCCUCAAUGUCCUGCCGACACACCGCGAUGCUGGUAGAAGGGCCUGCACUAGAAGGGACCUCUCAGAGAGCCCACUUUCAGUGGUUACAUAAUGUACAGCCCUUGGUCAAUCCACUGCUGGAUAUGAAGGCGGUUAUUUGACCAUGCUUCACCGCGCUGGUCAGUGCGCGGUUAACGAAGGCGGCAAGUAGAGACGCCGGAGCGUGUACAAGCUUCACGUCUUGAUUUUUUUUUUAUUUCACGGUGCAAGUUUGUGUCGGGCGCAGUAAUUUUCACCGCGUCGUUAUGGCCGUCUGAAACUCUUGUCAUAUAGGCACAAAGGGACCGGGUGCCCCAGCUAAAUCACGGCACGCGUCCUUGCAUAUUGGAGGAACGUGCGCAAGGUUUACCAUCGGGGUCUCCGUGCACCCGGUCGCCUUUUGUGUAAAGAGUCGCGAUCUGUAAAAUAAAAGUAACGCUUUUAACGUCGGCAUGUCUUUGUGCAUUUGCCAAUCCUCAAGCUAGUCUAAGCCGCUUCCACGCUCCCGUCGCUUCUCGCUGUGAUGUCUUCACUCGUGUUUUUUGUUUAGGUUUUUUUCAUUCUUUUUCCAUAAUCCUUUUGCAGAGUUCUAUGCAUGUAAUCUUCAGUUUAUUAUCUUCGCCUCGUUGUACGUUUCCUUUUCAUGUGUAUGUUGUGGUUUCACUCGGUUUGCUCUGCCUUCUAUAACACAGUAACAUUGCUAUGCUCAUUCAUCCACGAUUUAAAGUGGAGACAUUCGUUUCAUCAGUUUACGCCUUUGUGGAUAACUUGAGUGGGUUCGUAAUGGCCACGUCAACGCCACGCACGAAGCACUCCACCCGAAUUCAAGCUCUCGCUGUGACUGGGUGUCUGAGGAAUUCACUAUGGCCACGUCUCAUACACUUCGCCAGGAAUACAUAGUGUCCUGGCUUCAAGCCCUGGGGACCGAGUGUCUCAUUCUGUGUUCAUCAUCAUUAGUCGUGAUGUAUCCACUGCUGGAUGAAGGCCUCCCCUCGCCGUUGAAAUCUGUGGCCCUGCUAUACCAUUUUGGCUUGGGCCCGUCACCAACUUGACUUGCAAAUAAAACACGUGGUAAAGGUUCCAAUCAA